CAGGCGAUCUCGCCAAUCACAUAUAUCGCCUUUCUGAAACUUUUGUGUCGUGUGCAAAACUUUCCCGUCUGAUUCAAUAUUGGCGGACAAGAGCGACUUUGAUAGUUACAACCAACGCUUCAUCACUCUACCACCAUGCCCCCUAAAUUCGGAGGAGGAGACAAGUGCGGCAUCUGCGCUAAGACGGUGUACGCCCAGGAGAAGAUCGAGGCAGGCGGAAUAAUCUUCCACAAGAACUGCUUCAAAUGUAGCGUGGAGAGUUGCAGAUUGCAGCUGAAGCGUGAGGCAUAUGCCCAAGAUGGAGGCACGUUAUACUGCAAGAAACACUUUGCCUCAGAAGUGACGGCGAAAAACACGCAAAAUCCAACCACCUUUUAACUCAACAUGACACUGGAGUACCGUCCACAGUGCAUUGUAGGAUACAUGCUGUCACGUGAUUUGGCGUCAAGUUUUGUAGUCUUCUGUGAGAGGUCGACUCCUGUGUCGAUAGGCGGCAAUACGACUCUCAGUGUGCUUAGCUGAAACCAAAUACAGUCCAUAUAUAUAUAUAUAUUUAUUAGUAACUUCAUUGGAAAUGUAGGUGCUUAGAUGCACUUGAAAUGUGCUAUGCGCUGUUAAACAAGUCCAAAACACAUUUCCAUCGCGCGGAGGUACCAUUCUGCUGCUGCACCUGCCACCCCUGUGGGCAAAGUGAACUCUUCUGUAGUGCCUUACCCUAGAAUGCUGGUGUAUUUUCAAAUCUUUAAUUUGUAAUUUGUAACUGUGAGUAAAACAUCAAAUUUGUUUUCAACUGUAGUAAAACAUUCCCUUCAUAAGAAUUCGUUAAACUUAGGAUCGUUAUUUUUGUUUUGAAAGGGCCCUGGAAGUAUAUCAAGAGUCAUCUGAAAUACAACCUUGUCAGACCCCAUCUUGUAGAUAUAGAAGUAAAUAGUUUGUCAAUCAUCUGAUCUGAAACAUCAUACAUCGUCCAGGUUUUGUAGAUACACAUUUGUGACAUAAAACGUUUUGUUUCGUUUA